ACACCCUGCUGUCAAGUGUGUAGCUGACAGAGACUCUGUUGUGGUACUGGGCUAGCAGGUAGUAUAGUAAAAUAACAUUAACAGUAUAGUAACUGAGGUAGUAAAGUAACUUUAACAGUAAAGUAACUGAGGUAGUAAAGUAACUUUAACAGUAAAGUAACUGUUAUAGUAAAGUAACUUUAACAGUAUAGUAACUGAGGAGUAACUGUCCAGAAUGAAGAUGUUGUCUCCUGCUGUCUCCUGCUGUCUCCUCUCAGCUCUGUGUGUUGUGGAGUCAGCUGGCACUAAGGAAGUGGUGGGAGGACAUGUCAUGUUCGGCUGCUCGUUCACGUUGGCAGGAACCAACAACAAAUACUUCUGCAAGGGGACAUGUUCUGGUAAAGACAUUCUGGUUAAAACUAAUGGUAGCAAGAAUGUAACUCAAGAUCGAUACAGUAUAGAAGACAACAGAGAUGGAGUCUUCUAUGUGACCAUCAAGAACCUGAUGAAGACAGACUCUGGGACCUACUGGUGUGGAGUGGAGAGAUAUGGCCUAGACUCAUACCAAGAGGUGCAUCUCACAGUUACAGAUGCUCCUCCCACUUCUACAACCUCACCUGUCACCUCCCGACGCCAUGUCUCCACAUCCCUUCUAAACCUCUCCACAACCCUCCCAAACCUCUCUACAACAUCCUCUAACCUCUCCACAACCCUCCCAAACCUCUCUCCAACAUCCCCAAACACCUCCUCAACCCUCCCAAACCACAUCAGUGGUCACCUAUCAAGAGCUGGUCUGAUGGUGUGGACCAGUGUUGGUCUGGUAGUCAUGGUGACAGUGUUAGGUCUGGUCCUGCUCCUGUUCUACAGACAGAGGAGAGGAACCAGGGGAACACCACCAGUCUCCUCCAACACACAACCUGACCCUGCUGGAGAGGUUGUCUGUGUGUACGAGGAGAUCAGAGACAGACAGACAGACACACUUCCUGUGGUCAUCUCUUCAGUCUACUCUACUGUCAAAUCACCUACCAACUCUACAAUCUACCCUACUGGUCAUUCCUCUACAACCUUCCCUGCUGGCCAAGCCUCUACAACCUACCCUGCUGGCCAAGCCUCUACAAUCUACCCUCCUCUACAACCUACCCUGCUGGCCAAGCCUCUACAACCUACCCUGCUGGCCAAGCCUCUACAACCUACCCUGCUGGCCAAGCCUCUACAACCUACCCUGCUGGCCAAGCCUCUACAACCUACCCUGCUGGCCAAGCCUCUACAACCUACCCUGCUGGCCAAGCCUCUACAACCUACCCUGCUGGCCAAGCCUCUACAACCUACCCUGCUGGCCAAGCCUCUACAACCUACCCUGCUGGCCAAGCCUCUACAACCUACCCUGCUGACCAAGCCUCUACAACCUACCCUGCUGGCCAAGCCUCUACAACCUACCCUGCUGGCCAAGCCUCUACAACCUACCCUGCUGACCAAGCCUCUACAACCUACCCUGCUGGCCAAGCCUCUACAACCUACCCUGCUGGCCAAGCCUCUACAACCUACCCGGCUGGCCGAGCCUCUACAACCUACCCUGCUGGCCAAGCCUCUACAACCUACCCGGCUGGCCGAGCCUCUACAACCUACCCUGCUGGCCAAGCCUCUACAACCUACCCUGCUGGCCAAGCCUCUACAACCUACCCUGCUGGCCAAGCCUCUACAACCUACCCUGCUGGCCAAGCCUCUACAACCUACCCUGCUGGCCGAGCCUCUACAACCUACCCUGCUAGCUCUGCCACAGGUCUUCCACAGAUUCAUGUGUAACUGCAUAGGUGGAGUGUGUUUGAAAGUGGGCGUUGACACAUAA